AAAAAUAAAUAGCCAAGAAGCAUUAAAGCGGCGGCCAUCUACUUCUACAUUCAUCACAAAAAACACUGUUUUGCGUGUGUAUAAACAGAAUUUUAGUCAAACAAGUCAAACAACAAUCAAAGUGACGCAACCGAUUUGAUAAUCAACAUUGUAAUUAAUAAACACGAUUUUUUUGUAUUUUUCAUACGAAAAUCCAUUCAUCAUCUAAACAAAAAAAGAGAAAACACUCAAUCAUAUUGUUCGAAAAAGCUACAUUCGUAUCUGUUCCAAAUUUUUUUUUCAAAUAAAAAUCAUUCCAUUCAUUUUGACAUUGUGUUAUUACAACAACAACAACAACCAACAACAAAGAUUUAAACUUUAUUUUGAAAUUCAAAAUUUGUGGUAUCAAAUUGAAUCGAAUAAAUUCUACAAAUAUGCCUCGACCAAUCACAGCACAGACAAGAAAUGAACAACUUUUGAUGGAAAAAUCUGCCCGUCAAUUAGCCGUUACCAGUGAUCCUGUUGAAAAAAUUCGAUUAUUAUGUUUACAACGUGGUACUACCGGUAUUAUGGCCUUGGGAAGACAAUUCCGUAUCAUGGAUGAUAAUCGAAGUGGCGAUCUUUCAUAUCAAGAAUUUCGUAAUGGUCUUGAAGAUUUGGGUUAUCAAGCAUCGGAUGAAGAAUAUAAAAAUGUUUUCGAAAUUUUCGAUCAAGAUGGAUCAGGUACCAUUAGAUAUGAUGAAUUUCUGAAAGCUAUUCGACCACCAAUGAAUAUGAUGCGUAUAUCAUUGGUGGAAAAAGCAUUUGAUAAAUUGGAUAAAACUGGUGAUGGUAUUGUCAACAUACAAGAUCUACAAGGUGUCUAUAAUAUUAAAUCACAUCCAGAAUAUUUGAAUGGAAAUAAAACUGAACAGGAAUUGUUGGAGGAUUUUAUCAAAAAAUUCGAAUCCAAUGACUCGUCUGAUGGUCAGCUAACCAAAACAGAAUUUUUGGCUUACUAUUCUGGCGUAAGUGCUUCAAUAGACGAAGACAUGUACUUUGAUUUGAUGAUGCGACAAGCUUGGAAAUUAUAAACUAUAUAUAUGUUUAUUAUGUCGUCGAACCGAAUGGAAACAA